UAAAACAUGGUUAAUGUUUUCAUAUAUACAUUUAUAAUAUCUUCAACCAUAUAUAAAUUAAUUGAAUCAUUAUGGCUCCAAUUAAACCUCCAAGUGAUAUACUGGUUGCACUUCGUGCAUCAAGCCACAGCGUGGUGCAUGGAUGCCCAGGAGUACCAAGAAGUAUACCAAGAAUUGAAACAGUAGUAGAAAUACGGGCUAUAAAUGGUAAACCAUUCAAUGUAAGGUCAGUGAUACUAGAAUUAAGAACUAUCCAAAAAAUAUCUAUACCAACAACUCUUGGAUCAACAGAUUCUUCGAGAGAAUACAAGAUUCAUGAAGAAAUGCUAUUUAGACCAACAGCAGGUUUAUUUUCAGAAGAAGUCAUGGGUUUAGAUCUCCCAGUACUUUUCCCACUUCCACAAGAUAUUAUAUCAAGUGGAGUUUUCCCCAAUUGGACAUCAUCUACCACUCAUAAGCUUUGUGUGAAGGUUGCAUUGGGAGAUUCUUAUAUCACUGAAUCAGUUCAUAUAGAAAAUUUCCCCAUUGCAAUUAAAUUAUAUGAUACUUUACCCCUUUACCGUCAAUACAAUGAACCUAUGUUGGAGAAUCGAAUAUCUAAUGAUAAACAAGUUGCUUUAAACUUGACAAUUCCAAUUUCAUCAGUUGGCCCUAAUGAUGAAUUUAUAAUUGAUUUAUUAAUUCAGGCUAAUCCACUUUAUAAUAAGAUUAAUAAGAAUUUAAAAUUAAAACAAUUAACAUUUCAAAUUAAGGAAAUUAUUGAAUGUCAUGAAGGAGGGUUAACUCCUAAAAAGGAAAUAAAACUUUUCACACAAACUAAAGAUUUCCUGGAUUUACAAACAAGAUUGAGUACUGAAGGAAUAAAAUGGCAAUUUAGACUCCCAUUCCCAAUCGAAAAUGAUUCGCUUAAGAUGUUUGAUAUGAAAGAUAGUACAGUUGAAGAACUUCAACCUAGUAUGGAAAAUAAUGCUCCUACGGUGAGUAUAGCUAAUAUGGCCAGAAAUAAAAAUAUUGAUAAAAUUGAUGAAGGUAUCCCAAUUACUCAUAUUCAAGGAUUUACAACUAUGGGGAAAUUAUUUUCAAUUAGAUAUGAAAUAGUGGUGAAGGUGAAACUUUCACAUGGGAAAGAUAUGGAUAUCCGUUUACCAAUUACUGUUAGUGCCUAUGAUAGAGCUAGUAGUGCAUAUAUACUUCAAUGGAUUCUUAAGGAAUGUGACGUUGCACGUCAAAGGUUUGGUAAGGAUUUGGUGAAUUAUAUUGCUGGUAGAGGAGGAGAUGCAAAACUAACUAGAUUUGUUCCUCCUCCUAUUGUUUAUCAUUACAAUAGAAAUGAUUGGGUUAGAUUAGGGUUCAAUCCAGAAGAGUUUGGUACAAAGGGGACACAUUCAGUUCAAUAUAUAGAUUAG